UCGAAUGGAAACAUCUCCAAUGUACCUAACAUUAUUUUGCCUGGCGGAAAUUUGUACAAUCAAACAGAAGUGCAUUUAGAAGGGAAUCACCUGACUCAAGGACCCGUGGAAGGAAUGGGCUAUGAGAAAACCACCAGAUUGGUAUUAUCCAAUAAUAAAAUUCAAGAAAUUAAGUGGUUACCACCAAAUAUUCAGGUAUUACACUUUGAUCACAACAACAUUAGCUUCUUGAGUUACGACAUUUUAAAGCAAUUGAACGAAUCAACUGUCAAAAAUAUUUCUUUGGAUCAUAAUCCUUGGAGGUGCGACUGUGAUGCUGUUAACCUAACGAAUUUUCUCAAGGAAAAUUUGCUCCGCAAGCAGUACAAUCCCAAAAGUAUCACGUGUGCUCAGUCAGGAAAAUCAUUAAUAAAUCUGAACAUCAACAACUUGUGUCCAACGUAUCUUUCAUUCGUCCUGGGCAUAAGCAUGUCGCUUCUUAUCAUCAUGUUCCUGGCAGCAUUGUCAAUAGCAUUGUACUACCGGUACCAACAAGAGAUCAAAGUGUGGUUGUUUGCCCACGACAUGUUUCUGUGGUUCAUUACAGAAGAAGAGGUGGAUAAAGACAAAUUGUACGAUGCUUUCAUCAGUUAUUCUCACAAAGACGAAGAUUUUGUUACCGAAAAACUUCUCCCGAUACUCGAAGAUGGCCCUCAUCCGUACAAGCUCUGCCUCCAUUUUCGAGAUUGGAUUCCCGGAGAGUUUAUAUCGAAACAAAUUGCCCAGUCGGUGGAAAAUUCACGAAGGACGGUUGUUAUAUUGUCGGAAAGCUUUUUGGAAAGUGUUUGGGGUAAAAUGGAGUUUCGAACCGCUCACACUCAAGCCAUGAGUGAGGGUAGGGCUCGAGUGAUAAUAAUAUUGUACGGGAACGUUAAUUUGGAUAACUUAGACGACGAGUUGAAGUCGUACUUAAGAACGAAUACAUAUUUAAAAUGGGACGAUCCAUGGUUCUGGAAUAAACUUCGAUACGCAUUGCCUCACCCUCAAAGGGCUUUCGACAAGAAGGUGCAACGUAAUAACAACAUUAUGUUAACAUUACACGACAAGUUAGACUUGAUAACAACCCCCACCACACCCAACGCAGGAAGCACCCCACCUGCAGUAUCACUAGAUCCCCUACUUAUUAAGGAUAAUCCUCUGGACUUUAGCAAGACUGAACUUCGAAGCACUGCACCCGCUGCAGAGGCCUAAACUAAACAUUUAUGACAUUAGUUUGAGAUUUUAAAAUGCAAUGAGGUGUGACCCGAAAAUUAUUAUAUAAUAACGAAUUUUUUUUUAUAUACGUCGCAUUAUAUUGUGGUUUUUAAAUGUGAGCUACGUAUAUGACCGACGCUAGUCUGUGAUGCAAUAAGUAAAAAUAUUUUCAGUCAUAAUAAUUAUAUUUAGUAU